AUGCCCAAGAAUGAGAAGAAGAAAAAGGCGAAGAAGGAAGGGUUUACGCGAACGUUGACCGUCGUCGUUGCACUUUGGAUUGUCAAAGCAUUCGAAAACCAAAACAUCAACAAACAAAGCCUCUCUCUAUCCAACCCACUGCCAGAACAGCUUCCAAGAGGUUUUCAGCCAGAUGUACAGAACGAUUACGACUACAAAAGUGAGGCUUCAAGCGAAUACAUUCAAGAAGACUUGAAUCAAAAGCCAUCAGGGCGAACAUCGCCGAAUAAUAAAUAUGAAAUUUACACUGGAUCAAGGGAUGAUCGAGUUUGCAUGAAGAAAAUUGACCCAACAGUGGAAAGAAAGCAUGUCAAAGAGGGAAAGAUUCCCAAAUUUGUGAUCAUAGGAGCCGACAAGUGCGGCACCUCAGCUCUGGGAAAGUUCCUCUCAGAUCAUCCUGACGUUAUGUAUAUCGGCGAGACGUAUUUUUUCUCACGCGAAUGGGCCAAAGGAUCAGAUUGGAUCAAGUCGAAAUCAGCCGGCGUUUUUGAGGACCAAUAUGUUUUGGAAAAGAGUCCCACUUAUUAUCGAAGCCCUGCGGCGCCUAAAAGAAUGUUACAGAUUAAUCCAGACAUGAAGGUGGCACUCGUUGUCUGUCGAAAUGUCAAGCGAUUGCUGUCCAGAUAUCUUCACCUUUACAGACCAGGCGAAACAAAUGAUCAGAAAAAGUCGCGCGUUACCAAUUUCUUCGGAACAACUACAUCAUCAUUUAUGCGCGCUGCUCUUGAAAACAUCAACAUGUUUGACAGAUACCUCGAGCGAUUAUACCCUGAUUGGAAGAAUCCCGAAAAAUUACACCUUUUGAUUGACGGCUUAGUAGACAAAUUUGAAAAGGUCAUCCCGCCAUUCAGAAGAGGCCUUGAAAAUAAUAUCCGAGGGGCGCCCGCUUCAUCUAUGAUCGCAGACGGUCUUUGGCCCGUCUUUUUAAAAUACUGGCAGCGUGAACUCGGCAAAGACCGGAUAAUCACCAUUGAUGGAUCGAUGCUGAACGUAGAUCCUGCAGGCCAAAUCGAGCGGUUGCAAGAUUUCUUUGGUCUCAGCAAAGAAAUAAGCUACAAAAACUUCAUUUUCCAUCAAAAUCGAGGAAUUCUUUGUCUCCAAGGUUCAAAUGGGCUUCCUUGUUGUCCAACGGAUGAAAAAGGAAGAUCGCUUGGAAUCGAAAUAGACCCAGAAAUUAAAACAAGGAUAUGUGAAUUUUUCAAGCCUUUCGACGACUACAUGCUUGAAAUGAUGGACCUCGAUUGGCCAAGUUGGCGGGACACCUGCGAAUAG